UCUCUCAUGUAUAAGUCAUUUCACUUUGCAGGAAACGUCUAUCAGACAGACGGACAGAGCGAGCGGCGGCGUCCAACACGGACACGCAGACCUGCGUUGGACACGGAACACGUGGCACUGCUGCGGCGGAGAGAGAGAGAGAGAGAGAGAGAGAGAGAGAAAGAGAGAGAGAGAGAGAGAGGAAGAGAGAGAGAGAGAGGGAACAACAGCGGCAGCAGCGACUCUCCUUCCUCCAGUCCCUCCAGCCACGCGUCCACAGGAGCUCCUGCUGGUGAACCAGACCCGCUCCAGACACCCAGCCGCGCGGAUCCUCCACACGCUGGAGGAAAGUCUUCCACCGGACCGCGAACGACACACAGCGCGAGGGAGGGAGGGACGUCCUGCCUGAGACGCUUUUCAGAGAAAGCGAUACUCAACUCCGCUCGCUUUCUUUCUGAAGAGGUGAUGAUGAUGAAGAUCGAGAUGAUGGAGGCCAAACUCUGGUUUGCUCUUUGCGCGCUUUUGCUCGUCAACAUGGGGUCCGCUAAUGAAGCUGCUAACACGACGACUGCGCAGGCGCCUGAACCGACCAAGAAUGAGACCUCAGUGACUCAGCUGCCAUCAGUGUCCCCUGCUACUUCCAACCAUUCCACUGAAGCCCCUGAAACUGGAACCAACGCCACAAACACGACGGGAACUUUCUCCACAUCCGCGCCACAUACGACUCCGUCUUCACCGAGUCACACCACACCUUUACAUGACGCUCCAACCUCUUCUACGCCUUCAAACAGCUCCGCUCAAAAUGAAACCUCCUCCCCCGCUUCUGUCUCCACAUCUAACGCCACGACGACGGUAGCGACGGCUACAGCCGCUGGCACGUUUCCCGCUUCGCCGUCCAACGCCACGACGUCUCGAGACACCACCCCUUCUCAGCCGUCCACAAAUGCUAAUCAGUCCAGCUCUGCAACUACUAAACCCACCCCAGUCACCACCACCACGGCGCUGAUGAACAUCACCUCCACCCAUGCAGAGAGUUCACCCCAGCUCACCAUGCAGGGCAGCAAAUCUCAUGACUCUCCCGGACUGGACCCCCUUCUGGUCGGCUUGGUGUCGGCGUUCAUCAUCACUGCCAUCGUCAUCACGCUGCUGCUCUUCCUCAAGUUCCGCCGAAGACAAAGCGGACCACAGUUUCACCGGCUGCAGGACCUGCCAAUGGACGACAUGAUGGAGGAAACACCCCUGUCCAUGUACAGCUACUGAAGGCCCAACCAGAGUCUUUUCUGCUCUCCAAACCAGGACAGUAAAUGCUGUGGUUGUUGAACAGAAUCUUCUUAAUUAGCACCAAACAGAAAUCCACAUGGGUAGCAGUAAGUGUAUGCCGGGAUUGCUUUUACUUACCCAGAUUAUCUGGACACUUAGCGGACACGGACCUAAUUUAAAUGGAAGUUUAACGAUGAAGACAAACAGCCAGGAGGAAUUCCUUUGGAAAGUGGGGUGUGGUUUGUGUGUGAUUUUUAUUUUUUAUUUUGAAGCUGGGGGGGAGGGGAGCUAUCUGUACAUAUAAAGUUUGAGGGUGUAAAUAUUGUUAUGCCCUUCAUGUGGUUGAUAAAAGGUAAAGCAGAAGGAAACUGCUUUCGGUCCCAUCAGUCAGUGACGCUCAGACCCAGGCUGACGUGAUCGUGACGCUUCGUUGGGUUUAAGUCGGUACAGACAGGAAAAGGAGAGAGGGAGAGACCCUUCUGAUUUUUCUGUUAAGAAAUCUGCACUUUACUUUUCAGGGGUAAGUGAUGAGGGAAAGCAUAGAUAAAUUUUGAUUCUGGGGAAUAUAAAAAAUUGAUUUUGUAAAUAGGUUGUUGACAUUGUGCUUUUAAGUGUUUUGUUUUUGUUGUUGUUGUUGGUGGGUUUUCAGAUUUGUGUCUGUCAGUUGCAUCCCAGUGAGGAUCAUUAUAGCAGGGAUUAGUUAGUGUUUGAUUUCCAUGAGACUGAAGGUUCUGUUGUCCUCAGGCAUUUAGUCCGGAGUGCCUUACACAUUUCAGUGGAAAGCCUUCCUUGAUUUCUCAAUUUAUUUGUUGGAUGAACAAAAUUAAUUUCCAGGUUUUAGCAAUUAUCGUGUUAACACCCAGCCAAAGUAAUGAAGCCGCACUCUACACUUGCUGCAGGUCUUCAGUCAGCACCAAUGGAAAAUAAAGGUCAGACGCUUAUUGUUAGCAUUGCACAUACUACUGAUGUUGAUUGCCAACAUAUAUAGGGCAAAGCAGUCUCCAUUCAACUUCAGCACAAAUUUAUAACAAGUGGAGCCACUUGGCAGCAUGUUGUUUUAAGUUCAGAGGUAUUUUGUAGAUUUUUUCUGUACAUAAGCCAUAUUUUAUGCAAAUAUUCAAGUGAAAAGGGUGAAAAUGUGCAUUGUCUCCAGUCAGGGAUGGGCUGGUCAUCUGUACUUCAUAUCAUUUGGUUUCUAAUACCUUAUGGAUCUGAAAGUUUCAUGAUAAAGUAUCCCCCUUCCCCACCUAUUGCUUCACAAUGCCAGUCGCACAUUUCCUUCUCUUACCAAAAAAAUAAAAAAAAAGUAGCAUCUUGUAAACCUUUCUGGUAACCACAAACACAAACGGUCAUAGGUUGAAAGCUAAAGGACAGAGCACCUGGCACUUGGAUGAUGUUAUAAAUUGAUUUUGAAUUCAGGCUUGACAUUUCAUGAGACUGUUUUAAUUCUAGGUUGUCGUAGAGAAAGUCGUACUGAGCCAUGCCUAGUUCCGAUGCGGAAUCAAACCCGACGAGUCUGAACUCGGUUUUUGUUUCAUUGUAUGUUUGCAGGAACCACUGACUGACUCCAUGAAAACGCAGCAGAAUUGUUGAAUGUGCAAGUUACACGUAUUUGUUUUAAAUUGUACAUAUUCAUAAAGCAAUGUUACAUUUUCCUGACGUUAGCUUAUUUUUCAGCAUUUCAAUGGUGGAAAUGGUCUCUGUGUGGCUGAGGCUGCAGGUCUUUAAAUCCCACAGCAAUUUAUUCAUGGAUCAGUGUCAUCAUCACGUGUUAAAUGAAUAUUUCUGCCAUUUAUAAGUCACCGAUUACUUUUUUUUAUGAUUAAAGAUGUUUUUUUUUUCCUCCCGUGUCAGACGUCUGCCAUCGACAACCUCUGACUUCAGCAGCACCAACAGAAACUCUGUGAAAACAUCUAUUCGUACAUGCUGCAACACAUAAGUUGAUCUCUUGUUUUCCUCUGAAACAGACAUUUGCUGUGGGCGAAAACACAAAACGCUCACAGAGACUCCCUGCAUGCCUGAGUGCUGUUUCACACUAGGCACACUGAACAAUAAAGGGCAGCUUAGCAUAAAAUAUGAAGAAAAUGGGUUUUAUUCAUGCAACAUCAUGGAACUUCAGAUAAAAUGUGACACUUUUUUUCAAACAAUAUUUGCGACAAACCGAGGGUGGUGUGUACAGUGCUGGUUUAGAUGUUUUAAAACGCCUUAAAACAAAAUCAUCUGUUCUUGCAGAAUUGUAAAAUCAUCCUGGAAGUUGUAGAAAAUCCAGUCCAACAGAUUUUAAUGGCAACCAUGUUGUUAAUACUUUUUAUACAACUUCCUUCCUCCUAUAUGACAGCGCUUAGUCUAAUAUCUAACAUUUCACAAAUAAGGAGCAUAAAGAGAGAUGGAUCUUUGACUAUUCCUCUCCAUACAUCAGUCAGUCUCUUGCUCAUGCUUUUUUAUUAGAUAUACCUUCUUUACCUCCUGGGUGUGAUGGCAUUUCAAAUAUCGGUUUUCAUCCAGGCUAGUGGCUCAACAAAAAAAGAUUUCCAGCUGGAUUUGUAAAAUGCUUGGGGGAACCAAUCGCCGCCGCCGCCUCCUACGUGAAGAUCCUCCUCAGAGCUGCAGUUUCCAAGCCGACCACCGGGUGGCCCUCCCCAGAGACACCCCCACUCAGCUCCUCCAGACUAGCCACAAACAAUCAGCAAGCAAACACCUGGUGGAAGUGCAUAUCUGCUGGACUUGUUAUAUGAACUAUUUCUCAGUCUAAUGCUUCCAUGAACGUCUGUGAAUGCUUGACAGAGGAACGUUGUUGUGUUGGCCAGCUUUAAAGCAGUUUUGGGAAGAGCAGCAGCUUCUUAAAGAGACAAGGGCGCUAAAUUGAAAAGUCAAAUUUCUUAUAGGUCAUAUUGGUGGAGACAGUGUAUUUAUAACAACUGAAAGUGACAUAAUUACUUGAUAGUGCUAUAAAAUGACACUAUGUGCUUGGAAAACCCACAAUACUUCCCCUUUAAUUAAAGAAAAAGCUUUUUUUUAUUUUCAA